ACAUUCUUUCCUCCAUCACACAAAUUCAAAUAAUAUCAAAAUUCAAGCACAUGUAAUUCUACUCCAUAUACUACUACUAUUCCAAUGUUUGCCUCCCUCCUCGCCUAACUUCCCCUUUUCCUAUUUACUCUCAAUUUUCCAUCAUCCAUUUCCAGCUAAAAAAUACCUUCUUUUUUCAGCUCGUCAAUUCGUCGAACAUGUGGACUGCGACAGACACCUCUCAUGACCGGAGGAAAGGGAAGGCGCUCAGGACGUCGAAUUUCGCCGAAACCUGCAAUCUCCUCAGCCAGUACAUGAAGCAGAAGCGCACCCUCAGAGACUUAAAUCUCGAAAUCGGUGGAAAAGUUGAAAGCAUCGAAACUCUAGUGAAGCCUGGAUCAUCUCUUGCUGCGGCGAAACGUGCGAGCACGGAUUCACCGGUAAACUGUGCGAAAUCUGCGCUUACGGCGACGGAAAUUCCGAUUGUGGCGGUGGAAGAGGCUUCGGAUAAAGAUUGCACAUGCAAAGAUCCCAAGAUUGCGCAGUUGACGAUCUUUUACUCGGGAAAGGUGUUGGUUUUCGACGAUUUUCCGGCGGAUAAGGUUCGAGAUGUCGUGCACGUGGCCAAAAAGAGCGGUUCGAAGAUGUCUUACGGCAUCACGGCCACGCGCAUGGUCGCUCCGGAGCGGCCGAAUCCCGUGGCCGCGGUGUCUAGCCCGCGCGAGGGGCUGCCGCCGCGGCCGCAUGCUGGGAAGCAGCACGUUGGCAUUUCGUCGAACACCUGCAAGGCUAGAGUGAGCGAAGCCGGGCCGUCGAGUUCGGGAAGUGACGAGGAGCUCUCGACUAUUUCUGAGGGUAGUGGAUCAGAUUUGCCAAUUGCAAGGAGAUCAUCACUUCAUAGGUUUCUUGAGAAGAGAAAAGAUCGAUAUGCCGUGAGAGGGCCAUACCAUAAUCAUCAAGAGAAUGUUGCACACAAUUUCAAGGGUGAUGAACCAAUUGACCUAAAUAAUUUCCCUUAUCAAAAAAAUUAGUGUUUCAAAUUUUCCAAGUUGUACUUAUAAUUCUUUUAUUAUAGUAGUAACUUAUUGAUUGGUAAUGUCUUAGGCAGUUGAUUUUCCACUCUCACUAUCUAUGAUGUCAAGACCUUAACAUAUUGUACACUUUUCUAUGAAACUGAAGGAAGAAAAAAAAAUCUCUGAAAACAAAAUUAUAUGGAUCAUUUGUUGUUAACUA